AGUGGAGCUGCGCGAAGCCUGCGGAGAUCGAACACGGCUACGUGGAGCACCUGAUCAAGUACCGCUGCGACCCGCACUACCAGCUGCGCGGCGCUGGUGAUGCCACGCUCAUCAGCGACCAGUGGCUGCUGACCACGGGCAGGAAUGUCUACCUGAACCACAGUGAGAACGCCAAGCCAGAGGAGAUUGCCCCGACUCUGCGGCUCUUCCUGGGCAGCAAAGAGCAGCCUGCCUUGAGCAUUGAGCGCGUGGUGCUGCACUCCGGCUACCCAGAGACUGUGGACCUGGCCCUGCUGAAGCUCAAGCAGAAGGUGCUCCUCGGAGAGGAGGUGAUGCCCAUCUGCCUGCCCCAGAAGAACUACGUGCAGUCGGGGCGGGUGGGUUACAUCUCCGGCUGGGGCCGCGGGGCCACCUUUGCCUUUCCCGACAUGCUGAAGUACGUGAUGCUGCCGGUGGCAAAGGACAAGGAUUGCAGGCAGUACUAUGAGGCGCGGAAUGACUCCUACUGGGUGCAGCCCAUCCUCAGCAAUGACACCUUCUGCGUGGGCAUGAGCGAGCUGCAGGAGAACACGUGCUACGGGGAUGCCGGCGGCGCCUUCGCCGUGCAUGACUCCGAUGACAACACCUGGUACGCGGCCGGCAUCCUCAGCUACGACAAGACCUGCAUGGCAUCCAUGUACGGCGUGUAC